CACUCAGCUUCAUCCACUCCAGGCUAGUUUACCUGCUGUCGGUUCAUUUUCUCAAAGCAAAAAUUAACAAUGGAGAAACACGUUUGCAACAUCCAGGUGCUUCUCCGGGCUGCUGAGUUUCUGGAGAGGAGAGAGCGAGAGGCUGAACAUGGCUAUGCUUCAGUCCUGCCUCUCAGUCCAGGCCAGACGGACAAGAGGAGCAAACUGAAAAACAAGAAGAUAUCUGCUAGUGGCAACAGGUCUGCCCACAACGAGCUGGAAAAGAACAGGCGAGCUCAGCUGAGACACUGCCUGGAGCAGCUCAAGAAGCAAGUUCCUCUGUCGUCGGACUCGAUGAGGAACACCACCCUCAACCUGCUGAGACGAGCUCAGCUGCACAUAAAGAAGCUGCAGGAGCAGGACGAGCGUGCAGAGCAGCUGAAGGGCCGCCUACGCUGGGAGCAGAACGAGCUGCGGGUGCGGCUGGAGCAGCUGCAGAGGGGCACCGAGAGGAUGAGAAACAACAGCCAGGGGUCCACCAUGUCGUCCGAGAGGUCCGACUCGGACAGAGAGGAUGUGGAGGUUGACGUGGAAAGCAUCGUGUUCGACUGCGUGGACCCCGACGGACUGAGCAUGACGCACGCCGAUGCCGACCACUGCUACUCCAGCACGGACCGCGCCUGGCUAUGACAGCAGCGGGCCCGCAGGACCCGGCGUGACGGCGACGAAAACAUUCCAAAAAACCCAGAGAACGGAAGAAGACGUUACUGUACAACCGAACAGAAUUUUUCACGCGAGGACGACCUUCUUGACAUUAUCCUUCGGACUACAAGCUAAACAUCCGGUCACGACGAAGCGAGACGUGUCCACUUGCACUGAAUAGCAGUAAAAAUCACUGGGCUGGGAUCGAUGCUGGGCAUAUCCACACAGCUUCUGGCUUCAGUCGGAGACGCUCCCCCCUCCUUUUAUUCAAGGGGUGUCUAACUUGUAGUCAUUCAAGCAGCUCUUCAAACUUUCCCUCAUGAACUUUGAAAAAUCAUAGAAAGGGCUUUUUCUUCAGAGCUUUUAAGUUAUUCUUCACCACAGCAUGUCUGUACUGAAUUCUGCCUUAAAUCAAGGUUUGGUCUAGUCUCUUAGACAGCUUUUUAUUUAGCACUCUUUUUUUUUUUUUUUUCCUUCUUUCAGAAUGUCACAUUCAGCACGCACUUCAAUAUUAAAUCUGUGCUAUGUUUUGUGUUUUAUUUUUUUAAUCGUCCUGUUCCAGUAUGUAAUUUCAGCCAUGUAUUUUUUAUUUUAUUUUUUUUUUUUUUGCUGUUUUUCUUCUGUUGCACAUUAUGUCCACACGUUGCACUUGUUUUGCAUAUAACUGAAACAUUGAACAAUAACUCUACGGUGGUGGUGUGUUUUGCACAUUGAUGUUUGGCAGGUGCUGAAUAUUGAGCAUUGGCACGGCGUCCCGGUCGGUAAUCACACGCAGGAAUUUUGAUGCCUACGCUAAACUGAGCAUUAAGGGGCUCCUCGCACGAGUCCAACCAGUUAACCCACUGCUAACAGAAAUGUGCUGGUGAUCCAAGACAAGCGUGUGUUUUCUGAUUAUUUUACUUAUGCAUUACAGCAAAUCCUCCAGUCAGGCUGGCAAUGUCUACUUGUAAUGAUUAUGCAACUUCUGCUGUGUUACAAGUAUGUAUCCAACUCAUUUCUUAGUAUUUAAUAACGGAAGGAGCUUCUUUCCUUCACUUUCGUAUAUGCAAGAUGCCUUAUUACUUCUUUUUUUUUUAAUCUGUCUCUGCCCAGUAAUAUCAUGUAGCAUUUUUGUACUGGUGUAAGCUUUUUUUUUUAAUGAAUAAAUAUUUUCUA